AUGCAACAAGAAAGCCAACUUCACCCUGUCGACGCAAAGAAGGUCGAAUACCUCAAGCACAGUCCUUCCGUACAAGACACCCAUAAAAUAGAUCUUGAGAGCUCGCUUUCCAGCCAACAAACCCAGAAGCCAUCGGCAGAUACCGCCGACUAUCGGGAGAAGAAGCGCCUGGCAGGUCUAGUCUCUCAUGCUGUGCUACGUAUACUGCAAUGCAUAUUUGCCGUAGUCACGGCGGUUCUGUACGGACUUGACCUUGCCCAAGCGACAAAAGACAAUACCAGGGCAGAUGCGUCCUGGGUCUAUGCCGAGCUUGUAGCCGGAGUGUCUAUGAUCAUCUGUAUCAUGCAGCUAUUCUGCAUGACAGCUGUGUGGUAUUAG